AUGAAAGACACGAUGGCUACCUUCGGGGUAGAUAUGCACAAUGUGAGCGCGGACGAGGACCCCCCGUACGUCCAGGAGCACCAGCGGCAACGAAUGGUGCAGAACGUCAUGUCUAGCUCGCAGAACCUUAGGAGCAUGUCCAAGAUGGACCGUCUACGGUUGGCGUUGGAUCAGGUGCGCAACGAGCCUGCUGGGCAUGAAAAGUGGAACGAGGUGUACCUGUUCUUGCGCACGACGGAGAUGUGUACAGAGGUGUUGACGAACGGCUCAGACAUGUUCCCGAAAGGCAAAAAGCUCUGGAUUGAGAUGGAACUGUGCGAGGAGAAGCGGGUGCCGGUGUUGAUGGUACUGCCGAACGGGAUGCCAGUGCUUCCUAUAUUCACCAUGGAAGAGUAUAUGGAUUCGUACUUCUCGCGCACAAACGUGUACGACUCGUGCUGGUUCCCUGUGCCGCGCAGUGGGACGCAAUGGGAGGAGUUCUGCAAGCUUCCUUUUCCUGUGUGUGUCACCGGCAACAUUCAGCACUUUAGCACCCUGGCGACGGUGGCUCUCGGUAACCACCAACUCGGGAUUCUCGUCAAUCCUGGGAUGCGCUCUAGCAAGUUCAUCACCUAUCCUGAGAUGGUCACCUUAACGCAGCUGAGGCAGCAGAGGAGAAAACACCACCAACUGGCGGUGACGCAGUCUACCACCCCAGACGGCAGCGCCGCCGCUGCUGCUGGAAAAGAGCGGCUCUUUGACUCGAACUUAAUGAUGACCUUUGACACCACAAGGAUCCUGCUGAGGCGUCUCGAACCACAGGACCUCGACGGCUGCAUGGCGCAGCGGCCGCCGAUUCCGCCUGUUGCGCAACUCGAGCUGCACCUGCUGCUGCACGUGUAUCCAGAGAUCGAGUCUGUCUACAUCCGCACUGUUGAUCGACCGCGGUGGCGAAGAAUGCUAGGGGCCCCAGAGAUGAUGACACAGAUAGAUGUUGUCUGCAACCCCGCGCGCAAGCCGGACGCAAGCUUCGUUGAGCACCUGCAGCAGUGGAGCUUCAUGAAAGAGUUCAACAGCGACGUGCAUGUCGAGCUGACAAGCCGAGCCCCAGUGCAGGAGGGCUCUACAGGUGCUUUCAUGUGCGUGUACUCGAACGAGGUUGACGGUAAGCCGCUACGAGCCAUGACCACCUUUAAGGGACGCACCCUGGCGGACCAACUCAACUUCAACGAGCCCAUCACAGACAGCGAAGGUAACAAGCCGUACGAGCGCUACGUCAGCUACUUUUAA